GAGACUGUAACAAAGUCCAAGUAGAAGAGGAGGAGGAGAAGAAGAGAGAAAAAAAGAAGAAGAAGAAAAAGCAGAACUAAAAUUAAAUAACUAGGAGGGAGGGAGGGAGAGAGAGAGCGGCAGUGUUUCUCUUCGCUGUGGAGAGAACUUCCGGAUUAGAUCUCAGAUCUCUUAUCUCUGAUCAGAUCACAACAUAAGCUUUUUUUUUUUGGUGUAUUUUUCUUUUUCUAAGUUCAAUCUAGUGUACUUGGACAUGGAUUCGUCAGCAAUGCUGUUCAACCAGCUCAAGACAGCGGAACCAUUUUUUUUGUUGGCUGGUCCCAAUGUGAUUGAAUCGGAGGAACAUGUUCUACGGAUGGCCAACCACAUUAAGGCUAUCACUUCAAAACUUGGGUUGCCUCUAGUUUUCAAGUCAAGCUUUGACAAAGCCAAUCGGACGUCUUCCAAAUCAUUUCGUGGUCCUGGCCUUGACCAGGGCUUGAAGAUCCUUGAGAAGGUAAAGGUUGCUUAUGAUAUUCCCAUAGUGACUGAUGUUCAUGAAAGCAUCCAGUGUGAAGCAGUUGGCAAAGUUGCAGAUAUUAUUCAGAUACCAGCCUUCUUAUGCCGACAGACAGAUCUCCUAGUUGCAGCUGCCAAGACUGGAAAAAUUAUCAAUAUUAAGAAAGGCCAAUUCUGUGCCCCUUCUGUCAUGGUAAAUUCUGCUGAAAAGAUUAGAUUGGCUGGAAAUGAAAAUGUUAUGGUUUGUGAGAGAGGGACUAUGUUUGGCUAUAAUGAUUUGAUUGUUGAUCCGCGCAACUUGGAAUGGAUGAGGGAAGCUAAUUGUCCCAUUGUGGCUGAUAUCACCCAUUCUUUGCAACAGCCUGCUGGAAGACAGCUCGAGGGGGGUGGUGUUGCCAGUGGAGGUCUCCGUGAACUGAUACCAUGCAUUGCAAGGACAGCAGUUGCUGUUGGAGUUGAUGGAAUUUUCAUGGAGGUGCAUGAUGAUCCUCGAAGUGCUCCCGUUGAUGGUUCCACCCAAUGGCCUCUGCGCCAUUUGGAGGAAUUGCUAGAAGAGCUAAUCGCAAUUGCUAGGGUUAGCAAGGGGAAGCAACAGUUCAAAAUUGAUCUCACUCCGUUCCGUGAUUAGAAGGGCUUUUCUCAAGGGCAAUGCAAAUAAAAAUGGCUGGGUUGGGUACGUUUCUUUUCUGUUUUUGAUUCGUUUAUGACUCUGUGACAUGCCAAAAAUCCAAUUCACAUGUUGUGGGAUAAAGCUUCUAUAAAGGAGUUAGUGUGCCUCCUCUUUUCCUGUCACUUUGAAGGAAGUACUUUCUGGUUAGAAAAAAGAGUAAUUUCUUACUUAAUUAAGUUGUAAUAUAUUAUUCCUUGUUUGUAUAAAUUGGCUGUGUCUGAAACUUGAAAGAAUUAAGAUUUUAUGGAAUGAAACACCAUUGAUCAAGCACACAAUCACGUGGUGUUCUACACCUGUUAAUUUC